GGGAACGUGGUGCUGUGGAAGCCCAGCGACACUGCCCUGCUCUCCAGCUACGCCGUCUACAGGAUCCUCCUGGAGGCCGGGCUCCCUCCCAGCAUCGUGCAGUUCGUGCCAGCGGAUGGGCCCGUGUUUGGAGACACCGUCACGAGCUCCGAGCACUUCUGCGGGCUCAACUUCACCGGCAGCGUGCCAACUUUCAAGCGGCUGUGGAAGCAGGUAUCAGAAAACCUGGAUCACUACCGCAACUUCCCACGUCUGGCUGGAGAGUGUGGAGGGAAGAACUUCCACCUGGUGCACAGCUCGGCCGACGUGGGCAGCGUGGUGAACGGGACCCUGCGCUCGGCCUUCGAGUACGGCGGCCAGAAAUGCUCCGCCUGCUCCCGCCUCUACGCCCCGGCCUCGCUGUGGCCCCAGAUCAAAGAGAAGCUGCUGGAGGAGCACGGGAAGAUCAAAGUGGGAGAUCCCACCCAGGACUUCGGGACGUUUUUCUCUGCAGUGAUUGAUGACAAGUCUUUUGCACGGAUAAAGAAGUGGAUCGAGCACGCCAAGAAGUCACCCAACCUCACCAUCCUGGCAGGAGGCGGCUGCGACGACAGCGUCGGGUACUUCAUCGAGCCGUGCAUCGUGGAGAGCAAAGAGCCACAGGAUCCCAUCAUGAAAGAGGAGAUCUUUGGCCCCAUCCUCACGGUUUACGUCUACCCGGACAAGCAGUACAAGGAGGUCCUGGAGCUCAUCGACACCACCACACCCUACGGCCUCACGGGGGCGGUCUUCGCCCAGGAGAAGAGGAUCAUCGAGGAGGCCAGGAGCUUCCUGCGCAACGCGGCCGGCAAUUUCUACAUCAACGACAAGUCGACGGGCUCCAUCGUGGCUCAGCAGCCCUUCGGAGGCUCCCGCAUCUCAGGCACUAAUGACAAACCUGGUGGCCCCCACUACAUCCUGCGCUGGACGUCCCCUCAGGCCAUCAAAGAAACCCACGUGCCCUUGACAGACUGGCGCUAUGCCUACAUGCAGUGA